CAUGGUGCAUUGCGGCCGGCGUCGCCACCCAGUCCAGCGCGGCGGGGCGGCAGCAGCGGGAGGGACACCCGAGGAGAAUGAAUGGGAGACAGAGUUUGCAUUGGAUGGGGUCGCAAACAUUCACCGUUUGACAAUGAGGCAAGACGAUCAAAUCCAUGACUUGAAUAUCGCUUUAAUUGCAAAUAAGGAACGCAUUAUAGCGAGAGUAAGGCAACAGCUGUUAAAACUUAAAGGACUCAAGUUUUGGUUGACAGUGCGGGUGGGUGCAUCCCGCGAGACAAAGGACGGGAUAGAAGAAGAUGAAAAAUUUUUGCGUUCGCAAAACCACAUCGUUCUACCAGCCCACACAUGUGAAGCAGAGGUAGAGAAAUGCAUUUUGGAAAUUAUCGAUGCGAGCGACAACUUGAAACUGCAAGGUUCAUCAUGGCAGAUAACCGAAGUAUUUUUUAUAGAAGUAUCAAUGGCCAAGUACAGCCCCAUGAGAGGAUCCAGCUACAUUCGGCUACCUCCCGUUCUCGCAAACGCAAGAAUGGGUAUCAUCAACAUUCAGAAUAAAAAUGACAAUGAAUGUUUUCGAUGGUGCUGUCUCGCCGCAAAAUAUCCGUGUGACCGUCCACACCCAGAGAGGGUUACUCACUAUGAAGAUUAUUAUGACACACUCAAUUUUGGCAGAAUGGAAUCAGCGGAUUUUAAGAUUGAUAAUAUUGCUAGAUUUGAAAAAAUUAAUCCAGAAUUUUCGUUUAGUGUAGUCACAUGCAACAGAGACAAAGUUUUUCACCCCUUGUAUGCCAGCUAUGAAAAGAGUGAGAUACACGUUUGCUUGUUAUACUUUUCAGACACUAAAGGGUUAAAGUACCACUACGCCCUAGUGACAGAUAUGGACCAAAUGUUGUAUAGCGCGGUACCCGUGCUCGCUCUGCGGAUGCGAGAGACGAGCACGGAGUGA